CGCAGUUACAAAGUUCCGUCACAGACAAAUGAGCAGAGUUUUCUAUCACUUGUUGCUUUUUACAGCCAACAUUUCCUCUCUGCACUGAGUCAACACUAAAACUAACUGUGUGUGUGUGUGUGUGUUUUGGGUUCCCAGGGCAUGGAGGGAGCCUCCGCAGCUGCACAUGCUCUGUCUCUUCCAGCAGAAGCGUACGGGAAUGAUCCCCGGCUGGAAGUCAUGUGGGCGAUGAAGGCCUACAACCACGCAGAAGUUUACUUCAAUCUCAUUUCAUCCGUGGAUCCAAAGUUCCUGAAGCUGACGAAACUGGACGACAAAAUCUACUCGACGUUCAGAGAAACCUUCAAAGAGCUCGACAUAAAGCUGCUGAAACCAGACGACCUGAAAUCUGACGAGGCCAAAGAGACGUGGCGUCCGUUCUGUAACCAGUUUGAAGGGCUCAUUGAAGAUUUUAACUACGGCACUCUACUCCGUCUGGACUGUGAGAAAGAUUACACGGAGGAGAAUACUAUAUUUGCCACCAGGGUGCAGUUCUUUGCUGUUGAAAUCGCCCGCAACAGAGAAGGCUACAACAACACUGUGUUCAUGUCCAAAUCUUCAAAGAGCUAGUCACCAAAUG